AUGGAAAGUUAAGCACUAAAAGAAAGUGAGAAAAAAUCACACAGACGAAGUAGGUCUAGAUCAGAUAGCAGAGAUCGCAAACAUCAUAAAAAAGAUCAUAAAAAGAAGGAGCAUAAGCAUAGACAUUCUAGAUCGAGAUCGAGAUCUCCCAGAGACAAGCAUAGACAUAGAGAUAGAGAUUUAAAGGAGCACAGAGACCAUAGAGACAGAGACCAUAAAAGAGAAUCACAUCGAGACAGAGACUAGUAAAGAGAGCUUGAGUAUAAGUAGCGCAAGGAGUAGAGUUAUUAGGAGAAAAUGGAGUAAAAGAGAAAGGAAAAAGAAGCUGAAUGGAAAGCCAAGCGCGAGGAAGAACUUAAAAACAGACCUAAGAAACCUCAUGAACUUAAAAUCUUGGCUCCUCCUUCAAGUGAAAAUAGAAUGAUGGAGGUUAUAGUGAAUGACAGACUGGGCCAAAAAGUAAGAGUCAAGUGCAUGCCUACUGACACAGUAUUCAGUCUCAAACAGCUGAUUAGCGCUUAGACUGGAGUCAGAGCUGAAAAGAUAAAACUGCAAAAGUAGCAUUAAAUAUACAAAGAUCCAAUUACGCUUGAGGACUAUGAAAUUAAAGAGGGAAUGAUGCUUGAGAUCAUCUCACAGCCUUGCAGCAAAAUGAUAAUUGUAUCUAUCCCACCAUCAUAAACUCUAAAAUUUAUAGUAUUUAUUACUGAAGUGGCUUCUGCAAGUAGCUAAAGAGAAAACAUCCCUAAUGGAAGUUAGACAACUAGAGAAAGAAGGUCUGACUAGAAUCACUUGCCUAGACUUAGUGUGAAUUCUCAGAAUAAAAGAUCAAUGCUGUCUCUCUAGGCUCAAGCUUAGAACCUACUUGGUUUUAAUAAAACAUCUGCUUUUUCAAUCUAUGACAGCAAUGCUCCAAAGGGAAAGGUCAUGAAAUCUGUAAAAAGAGCACAAUCCUAAGCCAAAAACAGAAGAAAAAUUAAAAGUUUCACAAGAAAUAACCUUCUAGCUGAUUAUGAAGAAGGUAACAUAGGCUCAAUAUUGCUUCAAUCAAAUAAGCAAAUUCAGCCCAGACUAGGAAAACUGAGCAGCAAUCUGACUAAUGAAAAUGGUAUAGAAGGUGGCAAGAAUGAAGAAUUGAACGUGGAGAAGUUGAGUUUGAAGCAUAUGCUAGGGGACACAAAAAAGGAAAUAGCAAAAUUUAUUAAGGAUAUAUUCGAAUAAAAAGAUUAGGGCACUAUAAAUUAGUAUGUAAAAAAUGCAGAGAGCCUAAAAUUGGUUCAGAAAGACAUCAAAGACAUGAAAAUGCAUAUCCUAUUGAAUGUGCAACAGCUAAAUGACAUGAAGUACGAAACUUAAAGAAGAAAGGAUGAGAUUGAGUUUAUGAAUAAAUAAUUAGAGUAACUGUAGAUAUAACAGCUCUCAGAUAUGGACCAACUUUAACUUAAAAUGGCCUAGCUAGACGAGCAAGUUUAGAAAAAUGAGGUAAAGUAAACGAUGGAAGAGAUGCAUUUAGAAACACUGGACAACAUGAUUUAGAGGGAGAAAAAGACGAUAUUAUGGUAUAAGAAUCCGAUUUAAAAGCUUAAAAAAGAGCAUAAAGAUGCAGAUCACACUUAUAAAUAACUGGAGGUAAUCACUCUAAAUUUAGAAAAUGAGGUGGUCAUAUAGUAAAAAUAAAUAGAGAAAGUUACCAAUAGGCAGAAGUCUAGAAAUACGAUAAUCAACAAUCAACUAUAGUAAUACUUGCAAGAAGUCGAGUAAAAGUAGAUAUUUCAUGAAAUAUACAAAAAUCAGGAUAAAAUUAAGCAAAAGGACGAAUCAGAAAAGAUAAGGCAAAAGCUGAUUUAUCUUAGAUAGAGAAAUCUAGAGGUUCUCAAGCAGAAAGAGCAGGAAGAAUAAGUCAAGCAAGAGGCUUAUAAAUUAGAAAUGAAAUACUAGCAAGAUCUGCUAAAGCUAUAGAAAAGCUGCAAUCUUAAAGAAAUAUUGGAUCUUUAAGAUUACAAUAACGAUUUGGAGUUCGUUUCUAAACAAAUGAAAGAUAUCAAACACAGUCUGUAGUUAAAAAGAGAAAUAUUACUUAAAACAAAGUUAGAAGCUAUAAAAGAGCUGGUUAAAUUGAAGUAUUUGGAUGGUAAAAAUGAUAAAGCAAAAAUUGUUACUGAAGCAAAUACUGAGGAAAAGCAGGAGGAUUAAUAGCAACUUAGUAUCCAUAAGAGAGAUGAAAAUGCUGAUAUGAUUAAAGAAAAGAUUAUGCAUGCAAGAGAAUUGAAAGAAGAGGCACUGAGAAAGUACUAGCGAGUUAAGAGAUUGAAAGCUAUGUCAAUGAUAGCUAUUUCUAGAAUCGCUAUGCAGUGCAAUAAUAAAUUCAACCAGAAUUAAGAUUAAAUCUCAGAUCAAGAUGAAUAAAGACAUUAAAAUACACCAUAGAUAACUGAUAGAAAUUUGAGUUAAAUACUCUCUGUCUGUGGUCUAAGGCUUGAACAUAUGAUUUCUGUUUCUGAAAAAGUGAGGAUGAUUAACCCCCUGAUAUUUAAUCAGACUAAGAUUAAAGAUAUCCUACCUUAGGAUUAUCUAGGCAUUGACUUCAAGCAAUAUGUACAGAUCCCUGAGUAAGAAGAUUCUAAUAAGAAUCUAAUCGGUGCUCUCCUACUCUAAGAACAGUAGUAAAACAGUCAAUCAGCACUUCAAAAUCAAGAUACACUAAAAUCCGAGAAGCUCGAAGAUAUUUAAGCAUCCUAAAAUGAAUUCAAUCUUUUCGAUGCUUUAAUGAAGAACAGUGUCAAAAAGUAAUCAUAUUUGGCAGGAGACGAGUCAAUCUUUUUGAAUACUGCUUACAAGCAAAAGAAGGAUUACCUAUAGCAGCAGCAGUUGGCAAAAAUAUUGGAAAUGAACAAACCAAAAAUAAAGAAGAUCAAAAAGGCCAGUAAUCUAGUUAACGAUGCUAUUUCAGGCUUAAAUGGAGGUGAAUUUAAGAGUAGACAAAUAUUGACAGCAAGAAAUAAUGGAUCUCAAUCAAAACAAAAGAAUAUCGAUUUCUACGCUUAUAAAACUCUAGCUAAUAUGGACUAAGAGACUGCAGUAGACAAGGACUUACUUAGAAAGGCUAGAAAACAAAUUAGCCCAAUGAUAGUUAGAAAUAAGAGAAUGCUCUUUUCUGAUAAUAUAUAUUGA